AUGAAAAAGGAGGAGUCGUUGUUCGCCCUGCUGUGCCCAGUCGCCCUUCGUGGAGUCACCGUCGUUGCCGCUGUUAGGGGUUGCAUCACUGAGCCCCUGUCACCGGAAAACAGUGCUGCCUCACCGGGAUUCACUAUCGUUAUACCCAUAUUUGCAUAUCCGCAACAAGAAAUUUCUAUCAGUGAUUUAAGAAUCGUCUGGUUCUUUAGUGAAUGUCCAUGGGAGUUUCCAAUAAUUCUCCGCAUCAUGGAAAAAGGGAAAGGCAAAGCAAAAAUAGAGAAGAGAGGACUAGGAAAUCGUCAAGUUCUUGGAGAUAUUGGUAACCUUGAAGUGCUUAAAACUACUGAUGGCAAGCCCAUUUCAUGGCCUAUCACAAGGAACCAUUAUGCAAAACUUUUGGCAAAUUCACAAUCUAAUGCGAACUUGCUGCUGGAUCCAAAAGCCCAAGCUAAUGAACAAAGAGUUGCACAAGGGAAUAAGAACUUUGUUCAACUUGAAUUAGACAGUACAGCAAGUGUUCACAAGAAGCAUGGUUUAGAGGAAAGCGAUGAGCACUAUAAUGAAAGAAAGUUUAAGAAAAGAUCUUGUAGGCAACUCAUGACUCUAACCGUAGAAAUUACUGUACAGAGUAAGGUACUUCACUGUUGAUUACACCCUGCAUGUGAUAG